CAACUGCGCAUGCGCCCAACAUAUUUUUGCUGCAGCAGAUUUUUGUUUCCUUCAAAAAACCAUUUCUUCUGCAUAGUGAGUGUAACUUUAUGGCCAAAUACAUGAGGCCCCCAUGCUCGUCUUUGUUCGUCAGAAACAUCUCCGAUGAGUCCAGAAAAUGUUAAAGCAUCCAGUUGUGGAACCGGCCACAAAGAGUAACAAAGACCCGUGUAGAAUAGCUGUAAAGACAAGUCUCACAGACCUUCAGGAUCAGAGGGAGGGAAAAGGUUGAAAAGAGAAAGUAAAGCAUGAAGAGGAAAAGGGAACGGAGACAAAUCUUGGAUAUGGCGGCAAAGAAUUGGGAAAAGAAAAAGAGGUUAAAGAGGAAAAGGCAAGCAGCAGUCCAGAGUCUCUGUGGGAGUCGAUUAAAGAGUGUAAAGAUCAAAAUGAAGUUCAAAGUCAAGCAUGGGCAAAGCAUAUUUGAGGAUGUGCGUGAUGCAGAGGACGCUCUUCACAGUCUGGACAGGAAGUGGGUUUGUGGCCGGCAGAUUGAAAUCCAGUUUGCCCAGGGUGACAGAAAGACACCAAAUCAGAUGAAGACAAAGGAGAGGCAUUCUCCAGGCAGAUCGUCUCGAUACGACGACCACGAUCGGGACAGCCGGCGCAGGCGUUCGCGUAGCCGCAGCAACGAGCGGUACAGAUCACGCAGCCCCUCUUAUGAUCGCCAUCGCAGGCGAUCGGAGAGUCCUCGAGAAUCUCGUGGACAGGUGUAUGGCAGAGGAAGAAGCAGGAGUCGUGAGAAUGAGAGAUACCGGCAGAGGCCUCGAAGAGAGUCCAGAGCGAGAUCUCGCUCCAAAUCUGCAUCUCCACGAGAGAACGCCAACCCUUCAUCGUCUUCCCAUUACCCCGAGGAAGAAGUGCGACGGGCCCACUCCCCAACCCGCUCCAAGUCCCGCUCCGCUUCAAGAUCACGCUCUCGUUCCCGGUCCAGAUCCUGGGCCGGACGUAAGUCAGGAGGACGCUAGGAAAGUACCCCCCCUCCUUUAUCCGCCGUUAUGUCAGAUGCACCCGAGUUGGUUCAUUUGUCAAAUGUUUGUUUUGACAUGAAUGUAACGUCCGCUGAACCAUUUGUAGAAAGCUUGUUUUCGCAGCUCCGUUUUAAGAAAAAUGUCGGUCCUUCGCUUGGUUUUAUAAAAUUGUAUUGGUGAGAUUCCCCCCGAUAUAAAUAUGAAACAGGUUUCAGUGCUAGUCGCCCAGGAAUAAUUAUCUUUUUUAUAUACUGUUAUUAGUCAUUUUGUUUUCUAAUCCCUAUGCAUCCAUUUUUUCAAAAAAUAACAUUCAGUAUUUAAAAUUGAAUUUGGUGACGAACCAAACCAUCGUUUCUGUGUGUCUUAACGCAAAUCAUUUACUUUAAACUUGACUGCUGAACUGAGCUGUAGCGUCAAGUAUGAAAGUACUGCGAGUAAAAUACACAGAUUCGCUGCUAUGGUCCUAAAGUGUUAAGAUGUUAUCGACCAUUGACGUAAACCACAAGCUGUUUAAAAUGUACAUUAAUCUGUUUAAAUGUUGUGUGUUUUCUGUACCGUUUUCAAAAGGUAUUUUAUUUUUGGAACAAAAGUUUUCUCUUGGUGUUUACUCUGCCGUGUUGAUGGUUUUUCAUUUAAUCCCGUCACUGCAUGUUUAAUCUCCUAAUCUUCUACCUUUAUGAUGAAGAAACUGUUAUUUUCAGUAAUAAAUGGAUAACGUUCAGUAUAAGGAA